AUGGCAGCAAGCUCCAGGACCACAGCACUUGACGCUCUUGUGGCAUCAGCUGAGUCAUUACCGCAAGCAGACAUAACCACCGACGCCGAACUAUACUCAAGAUUAAACGUCCUGAAAAAGGCUCUUACUCUCAAUUCACAGCUUCGCCUUCGGCACGCAGGUGAACCAGCGCGUUUUCUCCAAUCUGAACUGUCACUACACGAGGCUAUUCGCGCUUUAGCCCCUGUUGCGGUCAACUCGCAAUUGUACCCAUCACUAGUCGCGCAAGGGGCAUUGCCGAUCCUCAAGUCCCUGCUUCAACAUGUCAACGAAGACAUCGUAUAUCGCGUUAUCAGCUUUUUACAUGAUCUCGCCGCCGUCGAUGAUGGCAGCGACGUCGAACGCGACAGCACCCGUGCUUUCUACGAUGCUUUGCUCAAGGCGGGAAUACAUGAGAUGCUUAGCGAUGUUUUGAACGAUGUAUUGUUCCCACACAUAACCGGGACCACUUCUGACGACACAACGCCUGCGCAGGAAGCCACCGCCCAGGUGUUUGCAAUAUUUGAGAAUUCCAUCGAUGUUCGCCCCGACCUGACCGAAGCUAUUGCAGUAGGGUCGAAAAUCGUCCAAACCUGCAUUAAACAUGUAAACAUUCCGCAACCCAACGAUGCUGCUGUGGAACUGCUCGCAGUUUUCUUGCAAAGCUCUACGAAAUGCAAGGAUCACUUCGUCCAAAAUGACGGUCUAAACGUUGUUCUCGAAGCGCUUGUACCGUUUCGAACACAUAAGAAACAGUCCUCGUCCUCAGGAGACAAAAGAAACACAAACUCAGGAGCGGAUGAGGAGGAAAUGGUUGAAAACAUGUUUGGACUGCUAUGUUCAGCGCUUUUCGACAACCCUCCAGCAAAAGUCGAGUUUGAACGGCUGGAAGGAGUGGAGCUGAUGAUCUCGUUUAUGAAGACGUCAAGUGCGUACCGCGGAUCCGCAGCAAAAGUGUGUGACUUUGCAUGUACCGGUCAUAGCACCGCAACGCAACGCCUUUUCAUGUGUGGCGGGAUUGGAGUGGUGUUCGCCAUUCUGAUGACCCUCGGCAAAGACCGUUUCAUAGGUGGGACCAGGAAGCGCACACGAGCACUGGAGGAUGAUACGCGAAAUGUGACUGAACAUAUCUUUAGCAUACUAUUUCACUUGUUCAAGUAUGCUUCGACAACAGAUAGAAGAAGAUUGUUGGUGAAGCUUAGAGAAAACAGAGCGGAGAAGACUGUCAAAAUCGUAUCGCUAUAUCGACACUUUGCCCUAGCAGUUGAAAAAGUCAGCGGAGAGCAGGGAAGAUACCUGGCGGUAGCCGAUAAGGACGCAGCAGCGAUAUCGGAAAGGGAAAGCGGUGAUGAUGAGAUGCUGGUCAAGAAACUGGAUGCAGGACUGUUGAUUGUGCAAAUGGGUGCUGCUAUUGUCGCGCAUGUCGUUGCAUAUGGGGACGAGAGCUUGAGAAAGGCUACGGCUUUCAUGUUGGAGCGGGUGGGACUCACGAUUGCGGUGAUGUGCGAGACAUUGCAAGAAUACGCAGAAACUAUUGGUGACGCAGCAAGAGGUAAAGAAAGACCCGAAGCACUUAACGAACAGAAAAGAAUAUUGCACCUGGUUGAGAAUAUUCGCAAUUCUGUAUGA